CGGUUUGAUUCAGCCUCCUGCGUUACCGUAGACAACUCGGUAGAAACGGCCCUCCUUUAAAGUUCCUGGGGGAAGAGUGAAGAGACUCGGACAAACCAAGGGAAAGGUGCCAAGAUUGAGCUCACAGGAUAAAUAUUUACAUAUUAUUCAUUCCGGGAGGACUGGUGUUAAAUUGAAGACAAGGUGCAACACGAAAAACCAAGGUCUCCACUGCUCGAGAACGUCAGAAAAUAAAGAAAAUGGCGGAGCCGGACAAAUUAAACAUCGACUCUAUAAUUCAGCGUCUCUUGGAAGUCAAGGGCUCUCGGCCAGGGAAGAACGUCCAGCUGACAGAGAGUGAGAUCCGUGGCCUUUGCCUCAAGUCCCGUGAAAUCUUCCUGAGUCAGCCAAUCCUGCUUGAACUAGAGGCUCCCCUCAAAAUCUGUGGUGAUGUCCAUGGUCAGUACUAUGAUCUGCUCCGGCUUUUUGAAUAUGGAGGCUUCCCCCCAGAAAGCAACUACCUGUUCCUGGGUGACUAUGUAGACAGAGGGAAGCAGUCAUUGGAGACUAUAUGCCUGCUUCUAGCUUACAAGAUUAAAUAUCCAGAGAACUUUUUCCUGCUGCGUGGCAACCAUGAAUGCGCCUCUAUUAAUCGAAUCUACGGCUUCUAUGAUGAGUGUAAGCGACGGUAUAACAUUAAGCUGUGGAAGACCUUCACAGAUUGCUUCAACUGUCUACCUGUGGCUGCCAUUGUAGAUGAGAAAAUCUUCUGCUGUCAUGGAGGCCUCUCUCCUGAUCUUCAGUCGAUGGAGCAGAUCCGCAGAGUAAUGCGACCCACAGACGUUCCUGACCAGGGUUUGUUGUGUGACCUGUUGUGGGCCGAUCCAGACAAAGAUGUGCUAGGCUGGGGUGAAAAUGACCGUGGUGUCUCCUUCACAUUCGGGGCAGAUGUGGUGGCAAAAUUUUUGCACAAACACGACAUGGACCUAAUAUGCAGGGCACAUCAGGUGGUAGAAGACGGUUAUGAGUUUUUCGCAAAGAGGCAGCUUGUCACCUUAUUCUCGGCUCCCAACUACUGUGGAGAGUUUGACAACGCUGGUGCCAUGAUGAGUGUUGAUGAGACACUCAUGUGCUCCUUCCAGAUUCUGAAGCCAGCAGAUAAGAAAUUGUAUCCUUAUGGCGGAGGGGGAGGAAUGGGAUCUGGGAGACCGGUCACCCCGCCACGAAAUUCAGCCAAGUCUGCCAAGGCCAAGAAAUAACACCCGCUGGGUCCCCCCUCCAACAACCUGCCACCCCCUGUCGGCCCAACGCUCUUUUUUCCUCUACCUCCCAAACUUGUUUCUCCCUCGUCACAAAACGGCAACAAAGCAAACAAGUGUCCAGGGUUCAAUCAUGUUUUUUCUCUUUAAAACUAUUUUUAACUGUUUGUUUGGCUGUUUGCGUGUAUUUUUUUGUGUAUGAAUGUGUAUAAAAAGUGAGAAUGAUACAGAGGGAAUUGCUUUUCUUUUUUUUUUCUUCCUUCUGUAGGCUACCCUCUGUUCUGUUUUCCUGUCAUUUUGUAGAGAUGGGUUCCAACCUAUCUGUGAUGUAAAUUCAAACCUGGGUGCAGGGGAGGAGGGGAAGGGGGAGAAAAAGAGGAGCCUUAGCUGUUUAUGUUAAGGCGCCGCACUGUUUAAUGCUAAACACAAGCUUUUGUACAUCCUGUUUCAGAGGUCUGUGUAUGUCUGUGUGAUGGGUGGGGAGGGAGCGGGGGAUGGGGUCAAGUUGCACGGUCAAACGUUAAUGGCACAUACCACACACUGUGUGCACAGGUGGAUGUGGAUGUAUAUGUGCAAAAAAAACGUCUCAUUGUGAAUCCUUGAAUGAAAUGGAUUCACAAUGAGGCGGUUUUUUUUUGUUUUGUUCUUUUUUUUUUGUUUUCUCUUCCUUUUGAAAACCAAUGAUUUGAGAAUACAGUCAUGGAUGUGAAAUAGUUUUGCUUCUUUUGUAGAUACACAAAACCACUUUUUUUCUUCUUUUUUUUUCUUUUUUUUUUUUUCUUUUUUUUCUUUUUUAGUUCACUGACGGUUAAGUUGAAUAAAAAUAACCAUUUAUUUGAAUUAUGCCAUCACGCUGAUCACUUUGUGUUUGCCAUUGCUUUGUCCUGUCUGUCAGCGACCUUUGCCAUGCAUAGUGGCUGCUCUUGUCUGUGAGAUUGGAUUGACAAUACACACCAGCUUGAAGCAUGUUUUAUGAAUGAGGCUUACAAAAAUGUAGAAGCUGGAAAGUGAGAUUUUGGCCCGCUUUACAUACUGGUCAAACAAAAGGUUAUUUCACAUGUUGCUUCACUGUGAUGUAGCCAAAGAUUAUGUUUCGUGGAAAUUCAUGGACUGUAGGAAAACACAGCCAGACAUAACCUGUUUUAUCACAAAAAGAAAAGAGGAUUCAUUACGAAUCUAUUCAAUGCCAAAUGUUUUUUUCAAAAGACUGUUGGAUGAUUAUGAAGAAUGACUAGUUACUAAAUUUUUAGGAGGAAGAGUUGACAGAGAAAGGGAGUGAGGGUCUCUGUCACUGAGCAUCUGUUACUCAUUGCCUCACAAAUGUUAUGGGAAAUCCGAAAGCUCACAGCACUCGGUAUAAUUCAACAUCACCGUGUACAGUUAAUGUUCCACAAGUAGAUGCCACAAUUUAUCCAACAUUUAAUCUACACUGAACUUUAACCCAGUACUGUAUACUCAAGACGCCUACUGAGGAGAAAGUGGGUUGGUUUCCAUAUAUUUUGUCGUGAUCAAAGGCAAAAACUACCAAUGGGAGGUGAGAUGGUGAAUCAUUGCUCUGACAUUUCCAGUUGGAAAUGCUCUCGUCAAGUCCACUUGGAGUGAGUGGGCUUAUUUAAAUAUAAACCCUCGCCCAAUGGGGGUUGCGUGCAAGCUAAAACAGAGAACAUCAGAGCUAAAGACAGUUAGCAGACAGUCCUUCAAACCUGGUGGAGAAUCUGAGCACAAAAUCCUUGUGUUAGUGUAAGACAAACAUGCACAGGAUAAUUAUGCACAGCAGACUUCCAAUGAAUAUAUCUUAGAGUUUCGGUUGCAACGCCAGUUAAUUCCCUGCUGAACUACUGCUGUAUAGUAAUUAGUAAAUAGUUUUGAUGCUGCUUAUGAUGUGCUAUGUAAAAUAUAUUGAUAAGAACAUGGAAGUGCUUGCAUUGCUUUUGACUGCGAUCGUCAUUCUCAGUUGCUGGAGGUAUGUUCUACUUUUCAUUCAGCAACGUGCUGUUGAAAAAAAAAGCAUAAAGAGCCAUAGACAGAAUCAAGUAACUUACAUAUAAGAUGUUAUCAGAGUUGAUCCUGUGAAAAUGGAACCCUGAAUACAGUUUCCUCGAUUGAAUUCAGAUUCAGAAAGACAUUUUGUUUUUGCAUGUUUCUAUAGGCUAGUUUUUUGUUUGUUUUUUUUGAAAAAUAGGAAUAAUCUCUUUCUGUCACUUCACGUCCCCCAUUGGCCAUUUUGCAUCACCUUUACUGCUUAUUAAGUUCAGCUGGCAUACAGGGUUUCCCCUGUGCAAGCAGUCCAUGGUUCAGCGCAGGCUGUGGCAGCUGGCGAAACCGUAUUUCUUUCUGCAGUGUUUCAGGGUAUCUCGCCGCCCACUUCUAAUAACCCAAACACGCUCUUUCCCUCCAUUACAUAAGUGGUGUGUCUGGUUUAAUUUGUCUGCCGUCUGUCCUCAUUCUUCAACCCCCUGUCCAAUAAUGAACACACGCAAUCGCAGCUCUCCAGAUUGCAAAGCCACUAAAUAUUGGUCAAGUUGAAAUUCAGCUGUCGUCCUGCCCCACCUUUCUCCCCCCAUUUUCUCAGCCAGACGUUUUCAACUUAGUACCUCAGAUUUUUCUUUUUUUCUUUUUAAUGAAAUCAAUGUAAGUAAUCGAAAAGUAAGGAAUCCUGCAAUGCUUUUUUUUAACAUACUCUAUUUUUCAUACAGUGCGACACAUAACUGCAUCGGGUAUUGUGUAGGGGUGGGCAGGUGAAGAAAACAUCAUUGGACUUGUGUGCUCACGUUCAAUUCACAUCCAGUAAGAUCAACUCAGGAAGUGAUGUUUAAAUUAAAAAUGAAGUUCAAUGGUGUGAUUCAUAGGCUAA